AUGAAGAGGUGCGUUCAAAAUGAAACGACAUAGUUUGGUCACUAAAGCUUACUGGUGCCUGGCUAUGGAGUCGUUUCCUCUCUGAAUUCUCAGUUGAACGAAAAACAGUGAGAAUCUUCAAGACUCGGCUAUUUUUCAACCAUAGAAAAAAAUGAGAACUCUGAAGAACAAGAGAGCAUCGAUACUGCAAUUGGUUUGCGUUGCUGCGUUUUUCUCUCUUGCUGUUUUCAUCAUUCAAUCCUCUUUCUUCACUGCAGGUGAUAAUGGAAGCUCAGAUCUCAAUAAAUACUUCAAAAAAGAAAUUCAGAUUUUGUCCGAUUUCCAAUCCUCUGUUAAGCAAUGCGUGGCGAACAGAGGGUUUGGUCUAACAGCGAGUAUAGUGGAUCAUUGCAAAUUGAUUCUUAAGUUUCCACAAGGCACUAACAGCACCUGGUACAAUCAGCAAUUUAAAAAAUUUGAACCAUUGGAGUAUAAUUACGAUGUUUGUGACGCCAUUCUGUUGUGGGAACAGUAUCGGAACAUGACGACUGUGCUCACUAGGGAGUAUCUAGAUACUCGGCCUGAUGGAUGGUUGGAUUAUGCAGCUUUAAGAAUUGCUCAAUUGGGAGCUAAAAACUGCAGCAAUCGAGCUCUUUGCGAGGAUCAUCUCAAUGUGAUUCUUCCUGCAAAGCCUCCCUUUCAUCCCCGGCAGUUUCACACUUGUGCAGUUGUUGGAAACUCGGGAGAUCUCCUGAAGACAGAGUUUGGAGCAGAGAUUGAUAGUCAUGAUGCUGUUAUAAGGGACAAUGAGGCUCCGGUUAAUGAGAAAUAUGCCAAGCAUGUUGGGCUAAAGAGGGAUUUUCGCCUUGUGGUUCGGGGUGCUGCUGCUAACAUGGUGAAGAUCCUGAAUGGAUCGACUGAUGAGGUGCUUAUAAUCAAAAGUCAAACCCACAGAGACUUCAACGCAAUGAUAAAGCUUAUUCCAAAUCCUGUUUAUCUUUUCCAAGGAAUUGUGCUACGCAGAGGUGCCAAAGGAACCGGAAUGAAAACUAUUGAACUAGCACUUUCAAUGUGUGACAUUGUAGACAUAUAUGGUUUCACUGUUGAUCCAGGCUACACUGAAUGGACAAGAUACUUCUCUACGCCUAGGAAAGGGCAUAAUCCACUUCAAGGACGAGCAUAUUACCAGCUCCUAGAGUGCCUUGGUGUCAUUAGGAUCCACUCUCCCAUGAGAGCCCAGAGGACACAAGACUGGUCAGAUGUGCCAAGUCGAGAAAUGAUAAGCAGAGCUCAUGCUGCGGCUUUGCGCUUAAAGAGGGGUCAUGUUAAUCAGGCUGCUGAUUCGGGACAGUUUGGAAGUUGCAAGGUGUGGGGCAAUGUGGACCCUGACAACAGUGGGCCUAUCUCAGGAUCUUCAGACAUGAGUGAUGUGAGGAGAAACUCAAAUUACAGUAAAUGGGAAGUUAUGCCUUUUGGAAGUCUAAGAAAGGAAGCACAGGAUCACUAUGCUCAGAUGGGAGGUGUGUCUCUGUACAAAAUGGAUGGCAACAGAUUGGAUGAUUUAGUAUGCGUCAGGCAUUCCUUGAAAUCCGAGGCAUGAGCUAUGUAUUUUGUUGGUGCAAGGCAGUAUUUUUUGAACCUCGGUUGAGAGCAGACCUCUACUGGGAGCCACCUUGGAACUGCAAUGAAGAUGUACGAUUUGGAGAUUGAAUUUGUUGAUUGAGCAUUUUGUCUGAUCACUUCAUUGAAGGAAUCUCACAGAAUUUCAUUUUCAUACUGAAUAUUUCUGGAAUCAGUGGCAUUUUAGAUUACUCAGCUUCAUCGUCUGCAGAGGAGAGAGUUUUUACUGAUUUAAUGGUCAAAUGCACGUUGGUUUGUGAGGAUUCUUUCCUGAGGGAGUAUGUAUAGGCAGAGUUAUCCAAAUCCAGAAAAUGUCGUAAUGGGUCAAAUAUCCAUAAUUCCUUUGUUGGGAUUGACAUUUUUAUUCUACAAUGUAAGCUAUGGUGGGUUCUAACCCAAAGUUUUGUGGAGCAUCUCAAGAACGUAUAACUUCUGUGGUUUGAACUGUACCUUUUUUCAAUCUUUUUAACGAGUCCAUAUAGAGCUGAAAUUUGUUAUUAAAAAAAAAAACACGACUUGAGCAGCUGUUUUAUAACGAAUUUAUAUUGUAUUAUAUAUACUGUGGAUGCUAAUUGCCUGCUCUUGUUGA